AGCACUUGAACGUAUCAAAAGUGUGAAAUUCCCGCCAUUGAAGCGACGAAGAAUCGUCAAAGAGCAGCGCUUUAAAAGCGUAAUUUUUUUUUUACACAUCAUAAAACGUGUUUAAUUUGUGUUUUUCGGGUUUUAUAUACAAAACGAAUUAAUUUAAAGGGUAUUUGUGCGCUUUAUUUAAGUGAUUUCGUUUAUUUUCUGUGUUGACGCUGUUAGCUAGCUAUUCCAUUAAGCUAACACUUGUUUUUACAGAAUUAUCUAAAGUAUUAAAGUGAUAAUUUGGGUGAAAAAUGAAAGCAGCUGAAGAUCAAGUGGUUGAAGAUGAUGCUAGUUUUCAGGAUGAUGAGGAGUCGUUUUUCCAAGACAUCGACCUCCUGCAGAAACACGGGAUUAACAUGGCAGACAUCAAAAAGCUGAAGCUGGUGGGGAUUUGCACCGUGAAGGGGAUCCAGAUGACCACCCGCAAGGCUCUGUGCAACAUCAAGGGCCUGUCUGAAGCCAAAGUGGAGAAAAUUAAGGAAGCAGCAGGAAAAGUUCUGAAUGUCGGUUUCCAGACGGCCUUUGAGUACAGCUCCAAGAGGAAGCAGGUCUUCCACAUCUCAACGGGGAGCCAGGAGUUCGAUAAACUUUUGGGUGGAGGCGUUGAGAGCAUGGCUAUUACAGAAGCUUUCGGAGAGUUCCGCACAGGAAAAACCCAGCUGUCUCACACGCUUUGUGUCACUGCACAGCUGCCAGGGGAGAACGGCUACUCCGGAGGAAAAGUCAUCUUCAUCGACACAGAGAACACGUUUCGCCCAGACAGGCUGAGAGACAUCGCCGACAGGUUCAACGUGGACCACGGCGAACACCAGAUGGAGCUGCUGGACUUUGUAGCCGCCAAGUUUCAUGAAGAGGGAGGCGUGUUCAAGCUGCUGAUUAUUGACUCCAUCAUGGCGCUGUUCAGAGUGGACUUCUCUGGCCGGGGGGAGCUGGCCGAGCGGCAGCAGAAACUGGCCCAGAUGCUGUCCCGGCUGCAGAAAAUCUCUGAGGAGUACAACGUGGCUGUGUUUGUUACCAACCAGAUGACGGCAGAUCCUGGAGCAGGGAUGACAUUUCAAGCUGAUCCCAAGAAGCCCAUCGGGGGGCACAUCCUGGCCCACGCCUCCACCACCCGCAUCAGCCUGAGGAAAGGAAGAGGAGAGAUGAGAAUCGCUAAAAUAUUCGACAGCCCCGUCAUGCCUGAAAACGAGGCGACCUUUGCCAUUUCUGCUGGAGGAGUGACUGACGCCAAAGAGUGACGAAAAACGGAGGACAGACGUGUUCACGGCCGCCUGUUGGCUUACAGCUGCGGUAUCGUUUCUGUUUAGUAUUUAUAUGACAGCUUGUUGUGUUCCAGAUGCACUGAAUUCAACAAAAAAAGUAAUUUAUUGAAGUUCAAUUGGGCAGAAUGUCUGGUUUAUUUCAAAAUAAGUCACAAAAGAUCGGAUUGAAAAGUGAAGUUUUCCUUUCCUUAACUUAUGUUACACUGGAAAUAGUCAUUUCUCCCUGUUUAUUGAUAGAAAUAUGAAUAAAUCAUUUCAGCAAAAAUCUA